GAUCCUCCAAUCCUCAUGAUCUCAUGAAUAAAUUAUAGCAGCUCAUUGUGCAACAGAGGGAGGGUAGCUAACUAGCUUGGGCUGUGGAAACACUGCCGAGGGGCGCACAGAACUCGGAAUCCACACGCAGGAGUGUGCAGCCUGCCCUCACUUUCUGUAACGUCACUGAAGCGAGUCAGCUAGUUGUCGGGCAAAGCGAGCCUAAGAACUCCCAAGCACACGCACGGUGAACAAGGUUUGGCUCACGACCUUGUUGUUAGCUAGUUAGCAAGCUCCAAAAGCUGCUGUAUCGCAUUGUGUUAGUGACAUCAAAAGCGAAGUCUAAUUCACAACUACCAUAAUGGAGAAUACUACCUAGCUAGCGAAGGUAGAUUGUCAGCUAUUUUUUUUUUUACCUUGCUAGGCUGACAGAAGUACGAAAAAAAAAUAACUGGGUUGCUAACAAUCGACAGUCAGCCAGGUGGGUAGCAAGUUAGCUAGGUAGAUUUGUGACUUCAAUAAGCAGCUAUUUAAUAGCAUCGGCAAAGAAACUGGUCAUCAUCUUUCUAAGUAUUUGCCUCAGCCUGGUGUAUAUCUACCGUGGACCACAGACUACAACAGACGCACAUCAACCUCGGGCAGUUAGGAGUCGAAGGCUGCCUGUUGGGUUGAGGAGGUUCGGGGCUCCACGCUGACCCCAACGCCCCUCCGAUGAACCCCAUCAACUCCAUGAAACCUGCCCUGCCUCCAACACCACACAGUGACGGCUCCUACCCGUAUGACCCUGUCUCCUGGCAGCAAAGCACCAAUCAGCCUGCAGGUUCCCUCUCCGUGGUAACCACAGUGUGGGGGGUGACCAAUCCUUCACCCAGCCAGGUUUUGGGUGCUCCCAUGGGUCCAGGUGGCAAUUCUGCUGGAAGCCACAUGAUGCCUGGCAACAGCCCCGGCAUGAACUCGCCGCAGUUCAUGGGCCAGCAGGGCUACCCCGAGCCCAACAAGGGCUACAUGCAGCAGGGGCUGUACGGGCGUCCGGGCGGGGGCUACCCGGCGGGGCCUGGCUACGGGGGCAGCUACCCUAAUAAUGGAGGAGGGUCUCUGGGUGUGCCGCCCCACGGUGUUCGCCCCCCCACAGACUUCACCCAGGCGGCAGCUGCCGCGGCAGUGGCUGCAGCGGCCGCCACGGCAACUGCCACUGCUACGGCAACGGUUGCUGCAAUACAGGAGAAGCAAAACCAGGAGCUGAAUUAUGGGCAGAUGGGUGGCGCAUCCUCCUACAACAGUCAGUUCUUGCCACAGUCAGGACCCCGGGGUCCCCCUGGUAUGGCCCCCACAGGGAUGGUCGCCUCCCGCCCCCCUGCAAUGGGGCCUAUGUACAGCACCCAGGGCCAACGAAUGCCCCAACAUCCAGGCUAUGCUGGGGGGCAUCAGGGCCCCCCUCGACCCCAGCAGGGACUCAAGCGGUCCUACAACUCUGAGCCAUUCCCUGGACAGCAGUAUGGUCCAGGGAUGGGUAAUGCAGGGCCAUAUCCCGGACAACCGAUGCAGUAUCACGGCCCGGGGCCCCAGCGCUCCGCCCCCUCUCCCUCCUACCCUGGAAGGAUGCCCCAGGGCAACAUGGGCCAGUACCCUCCAGGACCAGGGAAUUCAGGGCAGUACUACAAGUCAGAGCAGUUCAACGGCCAGACCAACAACCUGACUGCACUAACGGCAGGGGGCACCAGUGGGGGUGGAGGAGGGUACAACACAUUCAGCCAGGCCGCUGUCAAUGGGCCGGGACGGGGUAUGCCAGGAUACCCUAGCUCACCCCUCCCAGGGAACCCCACACCCCCCAUGACUCCAGGCAGCACCAUGCCCCCAUAUAUGUCCCCUGGCCAUGAUGUCAAAUCGCCCUUCCUCCCUGACAUCAAGCCCAACAUCAACUCCCUGCAGCCGCCCCCUACAGGUAACCCCAGCGACGACCUGCGCUUGACCUUCCCUGUCCGGGACGGGGUGGUGCUGGAGCCCUUCCGCCUGGAGCACAACCUGGCCGUCAGCAACCACGUCUUCCAGCUGCGAGACUCGGUGUACAAGACUCUCAUGAUGAGGCCGGACCUGGAGCUGCAGUUCAAGUGCUACCACCACGAGGACCGGCAAAUGAACACCAACUGGCCGGCCUCGGUGCAGGUGAGCGUGAACGCCACGCCCCUCACCAUCGAGCGCGGGGACAACAAGACGUCCCACAAGCCCCUCUACCUGAAGCAGGUGUGCCAGCCGGGGCGGAACACCAUCCAGAUCACCGUCACCGCCUGCUGCUGCUCUCACCUGUUCGUGCUGCAGCUGGUGCACAGGCCGUCCGUGCGCUCCGUGCUGCAGGGCCUGAUGAAGAAGAGGCUGCUGCCGGCCGAGCACUGUGUCACCAAGAUAAAGAGGAACUUCAGCAGUGGCACCAUACCUGGCACCCCAGGGCUCAACGGGGAGGACGGAGUUGAGCAGACUGCCAUUAGGGUGUCCCUCAAGUGUCCCAUCACCUUCAGGCGCAUCCAGCUGCCAGCGCGGGGCCAUGACUGUCGGCACAUACAGUGCUUUGAUCUGGAGUCCUACCUGCAGCUGAACUGUGAGAGAGGGACCUGGCGCUGUCCUGUGUGCAAUAAGACGGCUCUUCUGGAGGGCCUGGAAGUUGACCAGUAUAUGCUAGGAAUUCUCAUCUACAUCCAGAACUCAGAGUAUGAGGAAAUCACAAUCGAUCCAGUGUGCAGCUGGAAGCCGGUUCCCAUAAAACCUGACCUACACAUCAAGGAGGAGCCAGACGGGCCUGCUCUGAAGCGCUGCCGCACCCUGAGCCCUAGUCACAUGAUCCUGCCCAGUGUCAUGGAAAUGAUUGCUGCACUUGGCCCAGCCUCCUCACCCUACCCCUCUUUGCCACCAGGUGGCAGCAGCAGUACACCAGACUACCCCAGCCAAGGGUCAGGGUACUCAAGUCAACCAGGCUUCUCAGAUUUUCCCAACACUCCUGGGACCCCAACCCUUGGGGAGUUUAGCUCUGGACCCCCUCCUCUCUCCUACCAGGCUGACCUGCCCAGCGGCCUCCUCACUCCUGACAAACCAGUGGGACACCCUAUGCCUACACAGAUGUCCCAUUCAGGCCGUGUGGACCCUUCCCAUAAUCCCCUUCAGCAACAACAGCAACAGCAGCAGCAGCAACAUCAGGGUCUUCAAGGGAAUUCACAUCUUGGAGGUCCAGGAGCACCUCUUCUUCCACGAAACUCUUCCCAGAAUACCAGACUACACAUAGAAGGUUCCUUUGGGUUAGGAGGCCCAGGGGAGGUGCCUGAACCUUCUCUGGAUUUGCUUCCAGAGCUAACGAACCCAGACGAGCUGCUGUCAUACCUCGGGCCCCCCGACCUCCCCAACAACAGCAACGAUGACCUACUCUCUCUCUUCGAGAACAACUGAGCCCCACUGCCCCUGUCAUUCUUUCACCACUCAAUCUUCCAUGAUCCUCUGCAACACAGUGUCUUCAUUUACAAAAAACUCUGUGUCCCAGCAUCUGUGGCCUGGGGUAAAUCAUUUAAACCAUUUUUCUUGCACCCCUUGAAUCUACAAAUAGUAAUCAGCAGUGAGGGGUACUGGACAAAAAAACUUUUUGAAAGAAGAAAAAUAUUAGUUUGUUUGACUGCCUAUGAAAUGUUAACAAAUUUUAUUUUUGAAGUGAUUGCCUCAUUCCUCCCUCCUUCUUGCCUCUGUCUCUUCACUGAUCCAGUGGAAAUCCAAUUCACCUUAUUGCAGUUAGUCUAAAUGAAUGCAAUAAUUGGAUCUUAUUUAACUAGACAGUGGCAAUUAUUGAUUUCACAAAGUGACAAUAUAUGUCUUUUAAAUUUAAUCACUGGCAAAUAGACAUAGAAUUGUAUCCCAAUGUCAAUCCAAACCAAAAAAUGAAGUUAAUUAUUUUUUCCAUCUAACAAAAUACCUGUUAGGUUUAUGUCUUUUACCAUAACAUCUUGUAUGGCUACAGUUUGCCUGCCAGAUUGGUUAGGUUUAUGCUUGUAAAGUGCCCAUUCCUAAAAGUCAUUGAAGACUGGAAUUCAUGGCUCAAAGCAUUGGAAGUAAUGCAUCAAAAAAGUAUUUUCCCUUGCAGUUCUGUUGAAUGCAGCCCAAUGUUUCUCGGCAUUUGACUGUUGUUGUAGUAAACACAGAAAAGUUAACAUUUAUUCCUGAAAAAAGUAAUUGAAACUUCAUAGAAAAUGUGUGUCUAACUGGAGUUGUAAUUCUUAUUUUAACAUGAGGUGAAAUUUCCUCACUGAUGAUGUCUCAACAAGAAAAAGAGAAAGAGCGGGAAUGUUGGGGGAAUGGGGAAGUCUUAAUUCUGUCAUCCUUACAUGGACACACACUGUCCCUCUCUUACACCAUCGAGCGUUUACUCCAGCCGUGCCACAGUGCUCCUGUGUUUUCCGUUUAGAUUACAUUGUAUAUUCAGUUAGUGCAGAUUCCUUUGGUUUGUCCCACAUGUUCCCUUGGCUGCCACUAAAGCCUUGGCCACAAUUCAAGCCUGUACCUGGUCAUAAUUCAUGUGGAAAAACCCUGGUUAUAAACCACAAGGUGCUAGAAGGUUUCUGUACAGGAUGUCACCAUUUUGAAUACAGAUGUUUCAGUCCAAUGCAAUAACACCUAAACCAAAUGGUUCCUAAUUCCCAUAGCCCAGGGAUACAGAGGAAGACCCUGAGCAGUUUGGGAUGAGGCAUAUGAUGGAACUAUUUCUCCCAAUUUAACUUCGUCCUGCAAAGCCACGGUUUAGAAGUGAUGUUUGUUUUUGUUCGAGGACUGCGUGGCAACAUAAGUUUGGACCUGCACUGUUAUAGGGUAAUUCCCUUUUACACUGUAGGAAUUCCUUAAUGUCUUGUACUUUUUCCUCUUCUUUUUUUAAAAAAAAAACCAGAACAGUUCAAACCAAUGAAAGGUGCCAUGUUUCUGAAUGGUAAAAUACAGUCUCUUGUUUGUUCUUGUCCCUUGAGAAUUCAGGUCCAGCAGUUUAGACUGUGACAUCCUUUGUGAUGAGUCAAAGGAACAGGAAGCUUUGUGUGAAGAAGAAAAAAAACUUAGGAUAAAAAGCAUUUUGGGCCUUGGUUGAUGUCACAUACUGUAAGGACACAAACAUUGGGGUGAACCCCUGCACUGUGCUUUGCAUGUGAUCCAGUGAGGAAAUAUUUAACAGUUGGUAAUUCCCUGUUUUACAUCAGUGCUCCUUCUGGUGGGUAUACCUUCUGUCUUGGAAGCUGAGGAGGUAUUUGACUCAGGCUGUGGGUUGAUGUGUAACACAUACACAUUCAGCCACACCCAGUCUGUCUCUGGCACGGGCACAUUCUGUCUCCACUCCUGUCCUCAGUAAAGUCUGAAAAGCCAGUUUGUGUUUGUUCGUUCUCUUUUUGUUUAAAAAAAAAAAAAAAACUUCCUGGCUUUGGCAUCACUCCGGGUGUACGAUCUGGGCAGUUCUGAGAUGUUUGCAUCAGAGUGCCAGAUUUGCUGUAUUGUGUAAUUACCGCUGCCAGUUUAAUUAGAUUGGUUUUUUUUUUUUCAUCCCUGAAACACUGAGCUGCUAAUUUGAACUGAGAUCAGAGAGCAUAAUCUCAAACUGAUUGGACAGUGAAGAGCUCUAUGUUCAUGUCUACCUGCUAGGUCCACAUUUAUGAUUCUUCAGUUCUUCUCACCUCCCAGUACACUUCCCUUUGGCCUUGGCUUUGGAAGCAGAGCUAACUCUGGAUUUAUUUAACCUGAUAUUUUAUCAGAAUUAUUUUCUCUUGAGCAAUUUUAGUUGUUCUGUCCCCCCGUUUUUAAAAAUGUAUUCUAUGACUGGAAAUGGCAACAGUGCUUUAAAAAAAAACUUGAUAAUGAAUUGGAUGUAUUGAUGGUGGAUUGAUGGUCUGUAUUGGAUAGGAUCUUGGGAGAACAGAGGUAUGUCAAUGAAAAUGGAUCCUGAUAAUAUUAGUUAUUGUCAUUUUAAAGCACAAUAAUUGUUCAUCCCAGUGUGUUCGAAUGAAUAUAUUUACACACAUAUUAUCCCUCCCCUGCUCUUUGUCUCUUUCUUCUCAAAGAGAAUCAGAGUUUAAAGGAGUGGAGACAGUCCACCAUUCUGUUCAUUGUUGGCCAAGUCUGAGUCUGAUAAUUAUUUAUGACAUUUGUAUGGGAACUGUGUCAGCCAUGUGCAGUUUGUAUGAUAAGGACCCAGGAGUUAAUAGAUGUGCUAUGGAUUUUACUUC